GCGACAUCUCUAGUCGCAUGCAUCAUCUCUCGAUGAACGUGCUCACAUAGUUUUUUAUUUGCUGGUAAAAAUAUUAACAAUUAAAAAUGUUUCCCUGUGUAUCCACAGCAUUUUCGAGUAUUACAUUGUGUUCAACAACUCGCAUCCUGAAUCAACAAACCCGUAAUACCUUCGUUUUAAAACGCCGCACCCCUCCGAACUUGUACAAGAAAAAUGAGAAGCCGGAUAGGUUGCGUGGCCGACACUUCGUCUAUGAUCUGGUCGAGGACACCACCAUUAAGAAGAAACCUAACCUGGAAGUGGUGCUGACCAGUUUUGUGGAAGGAAUCGGAUCUAAAGGGGAUGUUGUUUCACUGAAACCCAAUAUCGCAUACAACAAGCUGCUUCUUCCAGGAUUGGCUGUUUACAAAACACCGGAAGCGAUCACCAAGUACGCCACGCUCAAAGAGCAAAAAGAAACUCAGUUGCACAGUUCAGCAUACGCACAACGAACUGUCAACAAACUGGAGGAAUUAAUUCUGGCUGUGGUAAUGAACAAAGACCAUCCGUGGGUUAUUGAACGGUGGCAUAUUAAGGCUUCACUGCGAAAGGCAGGCUAUUAUGUUCCCGAGCACGCGAUAAUUUUGCCGGAAACACCAAUAUCUGGACCAGACAUGCUGAAACAAAAUAAGGAAUUCUACUGUACAGUCACGAUCAACAACCUGGAGAAGGCUCAGUUGCGCUGUCGCAUCCACCAUUGGAGUACGGAACCGAGUGAACGAUUGCCAUACGUGUUCGAACAUUGGAAGAUGCAGGCAGAGCCCUUGUUCGGUGAUUCGUCUGUUUCAGAGAAGAAAUGAAACUAUGUGUCGCUUUCAGAAAUAUAGAGCAAUAGAUUUGA